GCCGCCAUUCAUCGCAGAAUCAAGGAACGGGAGCGGCUCGCAGUGAAUGCGAUGAUCCCGUUUUGGUGAACGGGAAACGGAGGCCGAAAGAGUGUACAAAGGCCAUUGAUGAAAGUGGAGCUACAGGGAGAGAGGCAUUUCGUUGAUCAAGACUCGCAGGUCGAUCGCACUCUCUUUGUUCUUCUCGAAUAGUAGAAGACGACGAUCCGAGAAGGAAAGAUUCUGGAUACAGAGAAUUCUGUUGCUAUUCUUCCAAAUUUGCGGGGGACAAUUGAGGAGCUUUCAGGACUUGAUCUGUCGGACUGUUUGAUAUUGGAGUUCAGCAACGAAGUUGUUCUCGCCCUUCUUGAAGAUGCAUUUUCCUCCUAGUAUCGAUCCGUGAAUUCCUUUGUUGAAUCGUACACGAAGAAGCGGCGAUCUCUGGAUUACUUACGCGAAAUCUGGUGAAAUCCCCACGAAAACAGGCGAAAUCAGGACAUUACUCAAGGACCUAAAAAUCGAAGAAUCCUCAACGAAGGCAACCAAGAUCUUGGGUGUCGGAGCUACUCAAAUCAGGGACCUCCAGUUCACUACCGCUGUGAUCUCCUUUCUAUUCCUCUUUGGAAAUUGAUUUCCUGCCCUUGGAAGACAAAGAAACUACACCUUCUCCGCAGGCAAGGUACAAGAUCACAUAAAGGGAGCGAGGAGCGAUUUUCGCCUAUUCAUUGCAUGUCGAACGAAAGCUCUCGAAUUCUUCUCACUUGAGACCUGGGGAAGCAUUACGCCAACUCCGGGGCUUCGUGCCCAAAUUCUUCUUCUCCGCUUUCUUUUCGUCACGGAUCCAUCGGAGAUGGAAAGGGAGGCGUCGAGGUAUCGCUGUCGCGUGCGACGUAAGGGAGGAGGAGGUGGUGGUGGAGCAGUCGAACCGUCGCCUACGAACGAUACCGACAGGAAGGGGGCAUUGUCGCCGGAGUUGCUGUUGCAGUGGGGGAACCGGAAGCGACUACGGUGCGUCAAGUUCCAGCGCAGGGACGAUGACGCCGCAACCGGCCUCCACUCCACCACCGCUGACAUUGCCACUGCCGCCGGCGCCGCUGCGGCCGCUCGCGUCGACCGCGCCCUCCGGGGAGCCACCUCCGCCGCAGACAAGCUGGUCCUCAGGAACAAUUCAGAAGCGACGGGAGUUGCUACAAGAGCUAAACGUGGGGUGAGGGACAGGGUCGGCGGGGGGUCGGCUUACACUGAGGGGACGCAUGAGAAUAAAAGCGGUGGCGGCGGCGGAGGUGGAAGAAGAGGAGGAUCGCCGUCGUCUGGGAGCGACGGGGCUGCAACAAUAUGGUCCAAGUUUUCUCUGGCAUUGACGAACAAGGAGAAAGAAGAGGACUUCUUGGCAUUUAAGGGGUCCAAACUUCCCCCGCGCCCCAAGAAGCGAGCUAAGCUCCUCCAGCGGACAAUCAACUUGGUGAGCCCAGGUGCAUGGCUUUGUGAUCUGACAUUAGAUCGGUAUGAAGUCCGGGAGAAGAAGAUAUCAAAGAAGAGACCAAGGGGGUUAAAGGCAAUGGGAAACAUGGAAAGUGACUCAGAAUAGCAUAAAAGGAGAACAAAAAAAAAAAUUGAAAGAGCAGUCAAAAGAUUGAAGUCGUGUGCUAAAGUGGUUAUAUGCAUGGGAUGUUCAGAACUUAGGGUACCUUUGUUUUGUUCGGUUUAAAGAUAAGAUGAGGAUGGGAAAGAAAGUAAGAGCAACUAGUGAAAUUGUCAGAAUUUUACCAUUAUGCAAAUAGAAGUGCCAGAAGCAAUCUCAUGUAGUAACACUAGAAGAUGCAGAUAUCGAGCUUGUAAUUAUUUCUAUUUGUCUUCCCUUGUGGUCUCUUUAUGGUUAAUGAAACUAUUCAGGAUGAAGGAAUGCCAUCUGUCUUGUUGUUGACUUCUGUUAGCGUGAGAUUGAGCAGGGUAAAGUCAGCAUAGGAUUGGGAGAAAAUCAAAUACAGGGAUUACAACAUUUUGGUCCCAUCCCAGGUUGAGGCUACUGUUGAUGGUGUAGAAUUAGAUUGUCUGGGAUUCAACUGCUAGGUGCACCAUUACAAGGCCACAGAAGCUUUCGUAGCUGGAUUCUGGAUCACAGGAUGCCAGCUGAGACAGCACGUUGGCCGGGCUGAUGAAUUCUUAGACACGAACUGCGUACAUUCUCCAUUUAUGCACCGCUGAUAUUUUGCAGAUCACAUCUUCAUGAGGUGCAGGUUGUGGCACUGCAUGGGUACUUCAAAAAAAAAGUAACGUUUCCAGGUACUUCAUUAAUUGAGGCCAUCUAGUUAAGAUGUCUCCCUUCUAAAUGAUGGAACUUUGAUGAGAUGCCAUUUGGAUCGCCUGUAGCUUUCGGCACUUCGAUUGUGAAUUUGAGUAACAUAGUUUCUCCUUGAAAUGAUAAUAUUUAUGUCGCAUUUAUUUAGAAAUA